AAAAAUAUAAUCUCAUGUAUCUUCCCAAAACCUCAACCCCUGUGUGUGUUUGAUACAAAGACUUUGUCUUUCUCAAACAUCUCUCAUAUUUCACGAAGACAAUCUAAACCAUGACAUUUACAGGAGUGCUGUCCCUGGCCACCUCACCCUUAUUCCAUUCAGAGUCCCCACUCUCAUCUUCUUCUUCAAAUAAGGUAUGCAAAAGCACUUGUCUUUCUUGCUCUCUAACUCAACUACCUUCUAGUACUUCUAGUUCUGAGCAGCCUAAUGAUAGUAAUACUAGUCAAAUUAACAACAACAAGAAAUUUAGCUAUAGCAGAGCUUCACCCUCAGUCAGAUGGCCUCAUUUGAAGCUCUCAGAAACUUACCCUUCACCUCCUCAGACCCAAUUCACCCCUCUUGUGGAGGAUGCCGGGUUUUCGACCCAGCUCUCUGAUUCUGAGUCUGAGUCUGAGGGCAAAGAGGAAGAUAAUGGGGAUGUGGGUUUUGCAGCAGCAUCAUCUUUGGAUAAGAAUGAUGAAACCCAGUUAGUGUUGGGGAGGCCCAGCAAGACCAAGGCAAAGAAAAUGACCAAAUUGGCUCUUAAGAGAGCCAAGGAUUGGAGGGAGAGAGUCAAGUUCUUUACUGAUAGGAUUUUGGGGUUGAAAUCUGAUGAGUUUGUUGCUGAUGUGCUGGAUGAUAGGAAAGUACAGAUGACCCCCACUGAUUUUUGCUUUGUGGUGAAAUGGGUGGGGCAGAAGAGCUGGCAGCGGGCGUUGGAGGUGUACGAGUGGCUGAAUUUGCGCCACUGGUAUGCCCCGAAUGCACGAAUGCUUGCAACUAUCUUGGCUGUUCUUGGAAAGGCUAAUCAGGAAGCUUUGGCUGUGGAGAUAUACACCAGGGCUGAGCCUGAAAUUGGUAAUACAGUCCAAGUGUACAAUGCAAUGAUGGGUGUGUAUGCACGAAGUGGUCGGUUUAAGAGGGUGCAAGAACUGCUCAACUUAAUGCGUGAGCGGGGGUGUGAGCCAGACCUUGUGAGUCUCAACACUUUGAUUAAUGCUCGUCUUAGGUCAGGUGCCAUGGUACCAAAUUUGGCUAUUGAACUUUUGAAUGAGGUGAGGAGGUCGGGUCUUAGGCCAGAUAUAAUCACUUACAAUACUCUUAUAAGCGGCUGUGCUCGUGAAUCCAAUUUGGAGGAGGCGGUGAAGGUAUAUGCUGACAUGGAAGCACAUAACUGUCAACCUGAUCUUUGGACUUAUAAUGCCAUGAUUUCGGUAUAUGGCAGAUGUGGGCAGUCGAGCAAAGCUGAGCAGCUCUUUAAGGAAUUGGAGUCAAAAGGGUUUUUCCCAGAUGCAGUGACAUAUAAUUCUUUGUUGUAUGCUUUUGCAAGAGAACUUAAUAUAGAAAAAGUCAGGGAUAUUGGUGAAGAGAUGGUGAAAAUGGGGUUUGCUAAAGAUGAGAUGACAUACAAUACUAUUAUCCACAUGUAUGGCAAGCAGGGCAAGCAUGAUCAAGCACAGCAGAUUUACCGGGACAUGAAAAUGUUGGGUCGAAUUCCUGAUGCUGUUACGUACACUGUUUUGAUAGAUUCCCUUGGGAAAGAAAAUAAGAUUACAGAGGCCGCAAAUGUGAUGUCAGAAAUGUUGGACAGUGGAGUAAAACCCACUCUUCGGACUUAUAGUGCUUUAAUGUGUGGAUAUGCGAAGGCUGGCAAACAGGUGGAGGCUCAAGAAACAUUUGAUUGCAUGAUUAAGUCUGGGAUUAGACCAGAUCAUCUAGCAUACUCAGUUAUGCUUGAUAUCUUUCUCAGGUCCAACGAGACAAAGAAGGCAAUGACAUUGUACCAGGAAAUGCUGCAUGAUGGUUUCAUGCCAGAUAAUGCCCUUUACGAGGUAAUGUUGCGGGUGCUUGGAACUGAAAACAAAUUGGAAACUAUUGAAAAAGUGAUUAGAGACAUGGAAAAGGUCGGUGGUAUGAAUGCACAGGUCAUCUCUUCAAUUCUUGUUAAGGGAGAAUGCUAUGAUCAUGCUGCUAAAAUGUUAAGAUUAGCCAUCACCAGUGGUUAUGAACUGGACCGGGAAAGUCUUUUUUCUAUUCUCAGUUCAUAUAGUUCUUGUGGUAGACACUCAGAGGCAUGUGAGUUGCUUGCAUUUUUGAAAGAACAUGCUCCCGGUUCCAACCAACUGAUAACUGAGGCAAUGGUUGUCAUACAAUGCAAGGCUGGUGAAUUUAAUGCUGCCUUGGCAGAAUAUAGUAAUUCCAAGGGUUUCCAUUCUUUUAGCAGAAGUUGUACUAUGUAUGAAAUCUUGAUUCAAGGCUGUGAGAAGAAUGAACUCUUUGGUGAAGCUUCACAGGUUUAUUCUGACAUGAGAUUCUACGGUAUUGAACCAUCAGAGCAUCUUUACCAAAUUAUGGUGCUGAUAUAUUGUAAAAUGGGUUUCCCCGAGACAGCUCACCAUUUGAUUGAGCAGGCAGACAUGAAAGGCAUUCUUUUUGACAGUAUCUCCAUAUAUGUUGAUGUUAUUGAAGUAUAUGGGAAAUUGAAGCUAUGGCAGAAAGCUGAAAGUUUGGUGGGAAGUCUUAAACAAAGAUGUAAAACGGUGGAUAGGAAGGUCUGGAAUGCCUUGAUACAAGCUUAUGCUGCAAGUGGUUGCUAUGAGCGGGCUAGAGUGAUCUUUAACACAAUGACAAGAGAUGGUCCUUCCCCAACGGUAGAGUCUGUUAAUGGUCUUUUGCAGGCUUUAAUUGUUGAUGGGAGGUUGGACGAACUUUAUGUUCUUAUCCAGGAGUUGCAAGAUAUGGGUUUUAAAAUAAGCAAGAGUUCAAUUCUGUUGAUGCUUGAAGCAUAUGCUCGAGCUGGUAACAUAUUUGAGGUGAAGAAAAUAUAUCAUGGAAUGAAGGCUGCCGGUUAUUUUCCUAAAAUGGAUAGUUUCAGAAUUAUGAUCAAGUUAUUGUGCAGGGGGAAACGAGUAAGGGAUGUUGAAGCAAUGGUUUCUGAGAUGGAAGAGGCGGGUUUCAAGCCUGAUCUUUCAAUAUGGAAUUCCUUGCUUAAAUUAUAUGCAGGAAUUGAGGAUUUCAAAAAGACAGUUAAUGUAUACCAGCGGAUUAAAGAAGCUGAACUUCAACCAGAUGAAGAUACUUACAAUACAUUAAUUAUAUUGUACUGCAGAGAUCGUAGACCAGAAGAAGGUUUGACUCUGAUGCAUGAAAUGAGAAGGCAGGGCCUGGAACCGAAGCUGAACACUUACAAAAGCUUAAUUUCAGCAUUUGGUAAGCAGAAGUUGUUGGAUCAAGCUGAGGAACUUUUUGAAGAGUUAAGGUCUAAUGGAUGUAAAUUGGAUCGGUCAUUUUAUCAUACGAUGAUGAAACUAUAUAGAAAUUCUGGAAACCAUGCCAAAGCUGAAAUGCUGCUGUCUGUGAUGAAGGAGGCUGGAAUAGAACCCAACUUUGCCACAAUGCACUUGCUUAUGGUUUCUUAUGGCAGCUCUGGACAGCCUCAGGAAGCAGAAAAAGUGCUCGACAAUUUGAAAGUAACUGGUUUAGAUCUGGAUACAUUACCCUAUAGUUCAGUUAUUGAUGCUUAUCUAAGGAAUGGAGAUUAUAACACUGGAAUUCAAAAGCUCAAUGAGAUGAAGAAAGGUGGUCUGGAGCCAGAUCAUAGAAUAUGGACAUGCUUCAUAAGGGCUGCAAGUUUGUCCCAGCAGACAAGUGAAGCCUUUGUUCUUCUAAAUGCACUACGUGAUGCUGGAUUUGAUCUCCCAAUUAGGCUUUUGAAGGAAAAAUCUGAGUCACUCAUUCCAGAUGUAGACCACUGUCUAGAGAACCUAGAACCCUUAGAAGACAAUGCAGCCUUCAAUUUUGUCAAUGCUCUGGAGGACCUCUUGUGGGCAUAUGAACUCCGGGCUACUGCUUCAUGGGUUUUCCAACUGGCAGUAAAGAGAGGCAUCUAUAACCAUGAUGUGUUCAGAGUCGCUGACAAGGACUGGGGUGCUGAUUUUAGGAAGUUGUCAGCUGGUUCUGCUCUUGUUGGUCUUACUUUAUGGCUUGAUCAGAUGCAGGAUGCAUCCUUGGAGGGUUAUCCAGAGUCUCCCAAGUCAGUCGUUCUGAUAACAGGGACAUCUGAGUACAACAUGGUUUCACUUAAUAGUACAUUAAAGGCAUGCCUUUGGGAAAUUGGUUCACCUUUUCUGCCGUGUAAAACACGAAGUGGUCUACUUGUAGCAAAAGCACACUCCCUCAGAAUGUGGUUAAAGGACUCCCCGUUUUGUUUGGACCUUGAGUUGAAAGAUGCCCCAGCACUCCCUGAAUCAAACUCAAUGCAGCUCAUUGAUGGAUGCUUCUUAAGACGUGGUCUUGUUCCUGCAUUUAAAGAAAUAAAUGAGAAGCUUGGAUUAGUGAGGCCCAAGAAAUUUGCAAGACUGGCUUUGCUAUCUGAUGAAAAAAGAGAAAGGGUUAUUCAAGCUGAUAUUGAGGGGAGGAAAGAGAAGUUAGAAAAAAUGAGAAAGAGGGGAAUUGUUGACCCGAGUAGGGUGAGCAGGAUUAGGAAGCUUAGAAAGAGGACAUAUAUAAGACCGUCCAUGUUAUCAAACACCAAACAAAUUGCAUCAAAAAGAAGAGCUUUGGAUUAGAAGGAAAGUAGCAGAUGAAUAUAUGGAAAGGCUGCUUUUAUUUUUGGGGUUUAUUCCAAAAAUAAUACUCUUAGUACCAUGAAUCAGGAAAAAAAGGGUACCUGAAAGAAAGAUUCCCCCAAACUUGGCCAUAAAAUACAUGUAGAAACUUGUUAUAGUAUUGGUAAUUGGCAGUUGAUAUUUAAGUACUCAGAGGUUUGUCGAGUCUGGAGUUGAGUAAAGCUACGGCAAACUGCAUUUUAUCACUGAUCUGGCAUUCUUCUGCUAAAAAUUUACCUGAUGCAGAGAAGUCCAACAUCGUGGUUGAAGUUCAAAAGUUGGUGAGGUGAGUUGCCCUUAAGAGUAUCAAGCGCCAAAAUGAAGAGAAAAGUGAAGAAGGGUGGGUUGGAGAAAUUAGAUGUGAGAAAUCCAACCAGAGUUUCCUUGAAUAACCCGGUUGCUCAUGCAAAAAUAUUGUGAUACCUAAGAAACAUCAUAACUUGAUUACCUUAUUUUCUGGAGGUUACGGUGGAUGGUGCCCGGAAGCUCUGUUAAACGUCUUUUAGAAGAAGAGGUGCUCGAUUGGAACAUGACAAUCAGAGUGGGGUUUCCUUUGAUAACAAAGUUGUUCUCUUAUUGUUUUGAUAUCCUUUUACUUUGUAAUAUAACUGAUAUAGAUCUAAAUGUAUACUUGAAGUAAUUUUCCAUAUGGUAAAUUGACCAAAUUCUUGCAGGGUUGCCAUAUACCUGCGAUUUUCUGCUACUU